CCCGGCUCAGGAAGUCCCGCGGGCCUGAGCCGGGGCUACCACCCGGGCGCUGAGCCUAGGAGGAGGAGGCGGCGGGGCGGCGAGGCCACCAUGGAGACCCGCUACAACCUCAAGAGCCCAGCUGUCAAACGUUUAAUGAAAGAAGCAGCAGAAUUGAAAGAUCCUACAGAUCACUACCAUGCUCAGCCUUUAGAGGAUAACCUUUUUGAAUGGCACUUCACUGUUAGGGGUCCCCCAGAUUCUGAUUUUGAUGGAGGAGUUUAUCAUGGACGAAUAGUGCUACCACCGGAAUAUCCUAUGAAACCACCCAGCAUUAUUCUAUUAACGGCUAAUGGAAGGUUUGAAGUAGGCAAGAAAAUUUGUUUGAGCAUCUCAGGGCACCAUCCUGAAACUUGGCAGCCUUCAUGGAGUAUCAGAACAGCAUUGUUAGCCAUCAUUGGAUUUAUGCCAACAAAAGGAGAGGGUGCUAUAGGAUCUUUAGACUACUCACCUGAGGAAAGAAGAGCACUUGCCAAAAAGUCACAAGAUUUCUGUUGUGAGGGAUGUGGCUCAGCAAUGAAGAUUGCCCUGUUGCCUUUAUCAUCAGGAAGUGAUUCAAGCCAGGCUGAUGAAGAAGCCAAGGAACUUGCUAGACAAAUCAGUUUCAAGGCUGAAGUCAAUUCAUCUGUAAAGCCUUCUUUGACAGAUUUAAACCACUCUUUCCCCUUAAAUGAGCCACAACAGGAAGAUGGUCCUGAAACAACACUCCAGGAUACAACAGCCAGUACAUCGUAUGAUUCACAGAACAUUACUGCAACAGCCCUACAAGAGCCUCCCCAAACUGUUUCCAAGAAUACCUCCAUGAGCCCUCGACAGCGCCGGGCCCAGCAGCAAAGUCAAAGAAGAACAUCGACUUCACCUGAUGUUCAAGUCCAGCAGCCAAGAGCCAACCCCAACACGGAUCACACUGGAUCAGCUGUAUUGAUCAUCAUCCUGACUCUAGCAUUGGCAGCUCUCAUAUUCCGACGAAUCUAUCUGGCCAAUGAGUACAUAUUUGACUUUGAGUUAUAACAUUGCUUUUGUCUUAAGAGCUAUGACUCAAAUGCUUCAUUAAACAUUCUGCAGUGGGUAUGAUAUAAGAACUGUUUACAAACAAAUUUUUGUAUUUGUCCCUCACCUCCUUUUUUGAUCCUUACAAAUGUCAGUAUAUAUUUUAGGCAGAUUUUGAGGCUAAUUAUGUCCAUAGAGAGUACAUUAGCAGUUAUCUCAAGGAACUGGAAGUCAGAAGUCCCAUAUCCCACCACUGGCCUGCAUUAUGACUCUUGGAAAAUCCCUUUAAGCUCUCUAUGCCUCAAUUUCCUUAUGUAUAAAUUUGUAAUAAUUUUUUUGUAAAGUCCUUUGAAACUUUGGAUAAAAAGUGGUGUUUAAAUUCCAAGUGUUAAGUUCUAGACAUCUGCUUGAGCAGAAUAAUUGGAGAGCAGAGGAGAACUGAAGAGAGAAGCAAAACCUGGAUUCUAGUGUCCUGCUUAAAUGUCAUUCAUAGGAGGUGAAGUAGAAUUGGGCAUUUUAUGAAAUUUAUGUGCAUGUGAGAAACCAUGUUUUAGUAAAGGUGAAAAAUUACUUCCAAAACAAAAGCACUUGAGGAGAAAAAGUUACCACAUUUGUGAAUAGAAUUGGCUAAGAAAAGGGAAUGAUGCUUUGUAAACGUUUUCUUUUAUUCUCCAAAUAGUUUCAAAUCCCCACAGAUCUUUGGUUUUAGUGAAAGAGAGGGUCCAGGCCAGAAAAUAAUUUCUUUUUCCUUUGAAGUUAUAUAAGUUGAUCUUAAGAUUUGAAUGUUGUCUCUGAUUAUAUCAGUUGUAUAUCUUGCUUUUUAAAUUGAAGGUUACAUAUAACAUGUUCUUAUAAUACUUAUAAAUAAGGAAUAUAAUCAUUUACCCAGUGCUACUAUCUUUUAAUUUUUCCAAAAUAUGCAUAAUGUAUUGAAGAAAUGUUUUGCCCAUAUUUUAUGAAAAAGCAGGUGAUAGAAAAAUGUGAGAAAAAUGUGUAUUUAAGAUGAAGUCAGUGUGAUCCAAGCCCAAGACUUAACUGUAAGAUAAAGUACAUUCACUUACAGGAAUAUGUCAUACAAGUUACCCAGGGUUAUUACAAUGCCUUGUGGGAAAACAGAGCCAUGGAAAUAUUAUCUUUAUUCUUUAAUACAUUUAACUCAAUGGCAGCAUUGCAGGCAAUCACUGGGGCAGCAGUAUUAUUGAAGAGCUUUGAUUGUAUUUCUUCUUCUUUUUCUUCUUUUUAAAAAAAAUUUUUUUUGAGACUGGGUCUCCCUAUCUCACUUGGCUAGAAGUGCAGUGGCUACUCAGGGCCCGAUCCCACUGCCAAUUGAUUGGUUUGGAAGCUUUAACCUGCUUCGUUUUUCCAUCUCCGCUCACUGGGGGCUCACCAUAUUGGUGUCAGACUUAGUGCAAACACCUGUUCAUCUUUAAUCUUAACUGUGGCUCAGAAUUCCCAGUUUCAAGCCAACCAGCAGCCUCAAUCUCCCACGCAGCAGAGACUACAGGUGUGCACCAUGUUGCCUGGCUGAUUGUAUUUUUACUACAGGCAGCUCCCAACUGAAGAAAGGGCUGUGUUCUAAAAGUUCAUUUGGAAGUCAUUUGUUUAGAAUACCUUUUCUCACCAGGAAAAAAUAAUAUGGUGUUUAGAUUCUGAAACUAGCCCACAAAGGACUUUUAAAAUCAGAAUGUAACUGAUAUAAGGUCUUAAUCAAGUUCAUUAUGCAGUUUUAAACCUUUUAAAUUUAUAACUUUUAAACUUUACUGACUUAGGUUGUAAUUGUGAAACAAUCUGUAAGUAGCAUUGAACGGCAAGUUUAAUUUUCUCCUUACAGUUUGAGAUCAUCUUUUCAUCCACGAUAGCUACUAGCUUUCAUUUGUUGUAAGAUUUAAAAUGAGAACACAUUGUAUAAAUCUAUGUAAUGUGGUUUUCUUGAGCCUUAAUAAAUUUGCUUUGCAAUGAUAUUUACAGAUUGUGUUUAUCAUGUCUGCAACCUAAAUUACUAAGCUUUAGAGAGCACAAGGUCUUUAUAAAGAUCCCUAUACCAUGUUGGUCUAAAUAUAGGCUGCACCUUUCCCCUCAAAUUUGGCCUGUACAUAACGUAUGUGACCUAUAGUUAGUGUUGUUUUUCAUUGUGUGUGUGUAUGCAUGUAAUUUUUUUCUCUCCCCAUCUUAUUUUAAGGUUAUGACCUAUAUUCAGACCAAUAUUAUUUCAGCUAUGUUAUUAGAUUGUAAAGGGGCCAUGUCUUAUUAAUUCUUUGUAUCCCAAGUCCUAGUAUAGUGUCUUGCACAUAGUAGGCACUUAAUAAAUUUUUCUUAAAUUGCAUUAAGGGUUAAAUAGCCUUUUGAUGCAGAGCCUUUUGACAUUGUUUCUUUGGUGAAAUGUUUUCUGAAUUUCAAGUCACUAUGCUAAAAGCACUUCCCAAAUAGGGCCUUUAACUUAACUACAGUGGCCCUUGUUAUCUGGUGAGAUGGGAAUUCACUUGUCUUCCCCUGCCUCAUUCACUGCCCUUCUCCCUGCCACAGUAGCCAGGAUGGCCACUGGCUGAUAAUAAAUCAUUGCCCACCUUCCCUCUGCCCUUACCCCCAUCUGAUCCAUGGCAAUCCCUAACUGCCAUGAGAGAAGGAAGCUUUUCUAACAGUUCAGAAUGAGAUAGCCAUCGAUAUGUUUAAGAAUUUUUGAAGUUGUUCAGUUGUUCUUUGAAUAUCAAACUAUGUUCACGAAAGGUUUUUUCCCCUCUCAUUAUUAAGUAUUGGUAAUCUGACCCGACUGUCAGCCUUGUCACCCCUGCCUUUUUUUCCCUCUUUAAUUUCCAACAGACACCUCGGAGAAUUAACAUUCCUUCCCCAGCCUCCUUUCAUCUCUCACAAGUCCUUAAGGAGGAUCCUUGAGUUGUCUUCCUGGCCCCUUAUUGGGGAAUUUGGGCACAAUGUAAGGGGUGGGGGGAGGGUUUUCUUAAAUCUUACCCCUAUCUGUGUUCAGGAGAACCGUACUUCUACUCUCUCAUUGCAGAAUAGGGGCUGCAUAUGGUGGAUGACGUGGUGAAUCAGACUCUGCUUCUUUCUCUCCCUUGCCCUUGGAUUUGUGCCAUCCAUAGCGAUUUGUAGUCACAGAGUCCAAGUUUGUCUCACCAGUUAAAGACAGCAAAUUUUAAACGAAACGUAUUCAAUGUUUGUUUCAUUUAGAAUUUUCUGGAAGCUAUUUUUUCUCAUUUGGGGGGAGGGCUUUUAUUUAGCACUUUGUUUUCAAUGCUGCUUAUUUUUGUUUUAUUAUACUAAAAAUAAAUACUCUUUCAUCAACA